AUGUUCUUAUCUUCUGAGGAAAUCGCUAAUCGAGAGAAACAUGUCACUCAUACAUCAAUCAUUACGACACCAUGGAGGGCACUUCGGCAUCAACAUGGACCAGUUUUACAAGCAAGAUCAUUUUUGAAAGUACUCGCUUUACCUCGGACUUUGAGCUCUUCCACGAGCACGACAGGAUCAAGUUUCCUCGCUUUUUGGCUACCACCACAACGGCAACAAGUAUGCAGUGGUGACUUCACGAUCGAUUCAUCACCAGUUCAUUCAAGCAGCUACUCAUUUUAUAAUGGAUGUAGCAAUGGUCUUAUCUAUUUAGGACAACCAUUUACAGCAGCAAUUGGUACGAUAUAUAAUGUUACCUUCUGUCUAAAAAACGGUCCAGGUAGCAAUGAUAAUACUGACGUUCAUGUUGGCUGA